AUGAUUGGAAAGUGUGUUAAUAAAGUUGAUUUGCCUUGACAUUCAAAAACAAGACACUCUUUCCUCUCCUCACUUCACUCACUCCAAACCAAACAAAGCCCCUCAUCUUCUCAAUCAUCUCACUCUCUUUCCUUCCCAUUCUUCUCAUUCACUCUUCCUAAUCCUAUUUUUACACCUUUCUACUACAUAUCAAUAUCAAUGGGAAAAGCAUCAAGGUGGUUUCGUGGCCUUCUUGGUCUCAAAAAAACCGAACAUGGUUCUUCUUCUUCUGAUCAAAAACCACCUAAGGAGAAACGUAGAUGGAGUUUUGUAAAAUCAUAUAGAGAAGAACAACAACAUAGCAGCCACGUCACGUUUCCGACAGAACAUGUCCAAAACAACAGACAGGCCAUCGCCGUGGCCGCUGCCGAGGUUGUCAGAUUUAAUUACAGCAGUAAUGGCAUCGUCAGGAUACGAGAACAAUGGGCUGCUGUUAAGAUCCAAGCCGCUUUUCGUGGAAGUUUGGCAAGGAAGGCACUACGAGCAUUAAAAGGGCUGGUGAAACUCCAGGCACUGGUGAGAGGUCAUAUUGAGAGGAAACGAACAGCAGAGUGGCUCAAAAGAAUGCAAUCACUUUUACGGGCACAGGCACGAUUUAAUGCAGCACGCACCAUGCAAACCUCACAUUUGAAUGCAAAAUCAUCUACUCUCCACCUCUAUGGUCCAGCAACACCAGAAAAAUCUGAAAGCCCUGUUAGAUCUAGGAGCAUGAAAUCUGAGCAUUCACCUGGACUCAAGAGAAAUGGUUCCAAAUCUUGUCUCUCAAACGGCGGCAACAUAUCAGAAAAUCAGUUAGACGAACAAUCAUGGAAUAGAGUAAGAUCACUGAUAAGAACAUAUAGCAGGAGUGACGAAAAAAGUGAUAGGAUUGUCGAAAUUGAUUCGGGAAAACAACACAUCAACACAAAACGCAGAAACAUCUUUCACUCCACAAGUGAUCCUGAUUAUUAUUAUAGUCAGAAUUUGACCCCUACAAAGGAAUCAAAAUCUCAUCAAUUUGGUCAAAGUGUAUCUUGUGAGGUUCAAUCUUAUUACAACCCACUAAAACUUAACGAAGUUGAAGAGAACUCGUUUUGCACCGCAAACAAUAGUCCUCAACUUUUAUCAUCUGCAACUUCAAAAGAUGAUGGUUACAACAGAAGUCCUUUUACUCCUACAAGAAGUGAUGGCCCAAGAAGCUACAUUAGAGGCUACUCUGAUUACCCAAGUUACAUGGCUUAUACAGAGUCGGCAAAGGCCAAAGUUAGAUCUCUGAGUGCACCAAAACAAAGGCCUCAAUAUGAGAAAUCAAGUUCGUCAAAUAGGUACUCACUAAAUGGACACGACAUGGCAAGAUUGGCCGCACAGAGAACAUCUGCAUUGCAAGCAAGCUUCACUAGCAAAGGCUAUCCUGGUUCUGGUCGUUUGGAUAAGCUUGGAAUGCCUGUAGGGUAUAGAUAUUGAUGAUAAUGAUAAUGUUAAUUUCUGUUAAAAGGGUAUUACUAGUUUAUUAUUGUAGCUUUAUUUGAGUGUUGUUGAAGCCUUAACAUUUAUCUUGCUAACUAACUGAUUGUACUUUGUUGGGUUGUGAAACUUCAUCUUUAUGGCAGCAUUAGAAUAUUCUUAACUAUAUUAUACUAUAUAAUGCCAAGAGCUGAAAUUACUUUAGUUUCUCUA